UACCAAACAAACAAAGCUAACACUACCAUAAUCAUCAAUCUGAGAUUCUGAGGAGGGAGUGAAAAAGAAGGAGAAAAACAUUUUCAAUUUCAUUUCACAGUGUUUGUAAUAUAAACGAGAAAACAAAAAAUCUCAAACCCGAAAUCAAACGAAAAUGGGUAAGGAUCUAAGCGACGAUCAAAUCUCAUCAAUGAAAGAAGCAUUCACACUAUUCGACACCGACAACGACGGCAAUAUCGCACCAUCGGAGCUUGGAAUCCUCAUGCGUUCUCUCGGCGGUAACCCGACCCAAGCCCAGCUCAAAUCCAUCGUCGCCGAAGAGAAUCUAACCUCCCCUUUCGAUUUCUCUCGCUUUCUCGAUCUCAUGUCCAAACACAUGAAACCUGAACCGUUCGAUCGUCAACUAAGGGAUGCGUUCAAAGUUCUCGAUAAAGAUGCAACUGGAUUUGUUUCUGUGAAUGAACUUCGUCAUAUUUUGACGAGUAUUGGUGAGAAGCUUGAGCCUGCUGAGUUUGAUGAAUGGAUUAGGGAAGUUGAUGUUGGGUCUGAUGGGAAGAUUCGUUAUGAAGAUUUCAUCGCAAGAAUGGUCGCCAAGUGAAGAUGGAUCCUGAAAAUGCAAUCGCUUUUUAUAUUUUUCUCGUGUUUCGGUAUUUUCUCUGUUUAAUUUGUGAUGUUAUGUUUUGUUCAAGUGGAUCAAUGAAUUAACUUAGUUAUGUUUGUUUAUGAUUUUAAUUUUGCGUGAAACAGUUUGGAUCAAUGUUAUGUAGCUAACCUUGGGUGUGGUUUUAGGGAAUGUUUGGUUAUUCAAAUUGGAUAUUUCUUUGGGUUGAUUUGUAUGAUGAGAUCUGAUUCUGAAUAUUCUGAACAUAUAUGUGUAUCUAAUCCUUUGUUCCUUUUUGUAUCAAGUUUGAAUUUUGAGUGUUGUGAAA